CAAUCACAACAGCUAUAGCUGCGCAUGCGCACACCCAACCACUAUAAGAUGUAGGAACUGCUGCUGAUCUGUCACACACUCAGUCCAAGUUUAUUAGGGUCAUUCGAAAGUAAAUUAUAUUCUUUCGCGUUUUAUUUGUGAGUGAGCAAACAGCUUUACAAUGGCCUCAAGUGCAGUGGAUGGAGGACUGUCUGAAGAGUUUGCGGUCCCCUCUCAUGUGGAAGAAGUCAGGAAACUCAUGGCAGAGUUUGCUGAACAUCACAGUUCGGCCGGGCGCAGAGUAGUUCUGAUCACCUCGGGAGGAACUAAAGUUCCUCUGGAAUCCCGAACGGUACGAUUCCUGGAUAACUUCAGCAGUGGUCGGCGUGGGGCAUCCUCUGCGGAGUAUUUCCUGGACUCAGGCUAUGCAGUGAUUUUUCUGCAUAGGCAUCGUUCUCUCUACCCAUAUACUCGUCUAUACACAGGGGUCAAUUUACUGGAUAGCUUACGAUUAGAGACUGGUAAGGAGGGCAAUGGUCAGAUCCUAGUGGAUCAGAACACACUUCCAAACAUUGCAAAGGUUUUAAAGCGCUAUCAGGCAGUGAAAGCAGCAGGAUUACUGCUGCCGGUGGAAUUCAACACCCUGUCAGAGUACCUCCAUCUUCUCAAAGCUGCAGCCCAAGCAUUAAGCUCCAUAGGGUCCAAGGCUAUGUUUUAUUUGGCUGCUGCUGUUUCUGAUUUCUACAUCCCAGCAUCUGAAAUGCCAGAACAUAAAAUUCAGUCCUCUAAUGGGCCACUUCAGAUAAGUAUGAAGAUGGUUCCCAAGAUGCUGUCCCCAUUGGUGAAGGACUGGGCACCUCAGGCAUUUGUCAUCUCUUUCAAGCUGGAAACGGAUCCCUCCAUCCUUUUGGAGCGAGCACGGCGUGCCUUAGAAACAUACAACCACCAGGCAGUGGUUGCGAAUGUUCUCGACACACGCCGUGGUUAUGUGGUUGUGGUCACUAAAGACACACAACACGAGCUAGUCCUCACAGAUGAGGAAGUGCAGAAAGAGGUAGAGAUAGAGGACAGGAUUGUCAGUAAUCUGACUGCAGCACACAGUCAAUUUAUGUCUCAAGUAUGAAAAACCUUGCUGUGAUUUCAUAGCAUGUAGGCUCAAGUUGCUCUUUCAGGCAGAUGUGGGAUGUUUUUUGUUGUCUUGUAAAGAUUAUGGUUCAAAUUUGAACAGAGAAGCUUAUCCUGAAACUUCUGUUUGUUGUCAUUCCGAAUGAUGUCUGCAAGUUCGGAAACUUUUCUGGUGUGAAAUUCAGUUGCUUAUUACCGAUCUAAUAAUUUCCUUUAUGUUAAUGUCCUCUGUACUAACGUUAUUUUAGCUACAUUCUUUGGCCUUUAAUCAUAGUUUAAAAACAAACUGAUAUAAAUGUAUGUUUCACUAGCUAUCAUCCUAAACUUGCAUUUGCUUAGUAUCUUAUUACUAAGCAAUAUGUUCUUAUUAAUCAACUUUGAGUCUAUCUGCAACAAAUCACACUUUAACAGCUGCUGAUGUAAAAAUAAAUUUUAAAUUAUAAAUAAUGUAUACAAAUGUUUCUGCAAUAAAGUACUUUUGAAGUACAUUUUCUGAA